GGGGGGGGAGUUGGAGGGAGGGAAGGAGAAGGAGAAAUCAUCUGCGAGAGGAGCGCUGGAAGACCUCUCCGUCCUCCAACUUCCCCGAGAGAGCGUGGAUGCUGGAAGGAGCCCCUUGGAUAUGGGAUCAUAUCUGGUUUAUCACAGCCUGGGUUUGAUCCUCUGCUGCUCCGUGCUGAGCUCGGUCUACGCUCUGGUGGAUGCUGAUGAUGUCAUCACCAAAGAGGAGCAGAUCUUUCUACUGCUAAAAGCCAAGGCCAAGUGCGAGCGACACCUGAAAGCCAAGGUGCCCAAGGUGCAUGAUGGCUUUUGUCUUCCUGAGUGGGAUGGUAUUGUCUGCUGGCCAGAAGGUGUGCCGGGCAAAGUGGUGGCUAUGCCAUGUCCUGAGUACAUCUAUGACUUCAAUCACAAAGGCCAUGCUUAUCGCCGGUGUGACCUGAAUGGAAGCUGGGAGCUGGUUCCAGGCAACAACCGCACCUGGGCGAACUACAGUGAAUGUGCCAAGUUCCUCACCAACGAGACAAGGGAGAGGGAGGUCUUUGAUCGCCUCUAUUUGAUUUAUACUGUUGGAUACUCCAUCUCUCUGGGAUCCCUCACAGUUGCUGUCCUUAUCCUGGGAUACUUCAGGCGUUUGCACUGCACUAGAAACUACAUCCACAUGCACCUGUUUGUCUCCUUCAUGUUGAGAGCUGUGAGCAUCUUCGUGAAGGAUGCGGUCUUGUACUCUGGGUCAGCCUUGGAGGAGAUGGAGAGGAUUUCUGAGGAAGACCUGAAAUCCAUAACUGAAGCACCUCCAGCAGAUAAGUCACAGUUUGUGGGUUGCAAAGUAGCAGUUACCUUCUUCCUCUACUUCCUGGCAACCAAUUACUACUGGAUUCUGGUGGAAGGGCUUUAUCUCCACAGCCUCAUCUUCAUGGCUUUUUUCUCAGAGAAGAAGUAUCUCUGGGGAUUCACGUUAUUUGGCUGGGGACUCCCUGCUGUAUUUGUUACAGCGUGGGCCAGCGUGAGAGCCACUCUAGCCGACACAGAGUGUUGGGACUUGAGUGCUGGCAAUUUAAAAUGGAUUAUUCAGGUGCCCAUCCUGGCAGCUAUCGUGGUAAAUUUUAUUCUUUUUAUCAAUAUUAUCAGAGUCCUAGCAACCAAGCUACGGGAAACAAAUGCAGGGAGGUGUGACUCACGACAACAGUACAGGAAGCUGCUGAAAUCUACCCUCGUCCUUAUGCCUCUGUUUGGCGUUCACUAUAUUGUUUUCAUGGCUAUGCCAUACACAGAUGUGUCAGGGAUUCUUUGGCAAGUUCAAAUGCACUAUGAAAUGCUGUUCAACUCUUUCCAGGGAUUUUUUGUUGCCAUCAUAUACUGUUUUUGCAAUGGAGAGGUCCAAGCAGAAAUAAAGAAGUCAUGGAGCAGGUGGACAUUAGCACUUGAUUUUAAAAGGAAAGCACGAAGUGGGAGCACAACCUACAGUUAUGGACCAAUGGUUUCCCACACCAGCAUCACAAAUGUAGCCACGAGAGGGGCACUUGCCCUUCAUCUCAAUACAAGACUUAUACCAGGGACCCUCAAUGGACACCGGAAUUUACCAGGUUAUGUAAAAAAUGGCUCUAUUUCUGAAAACUCUAUGCCUUCUUCUGGACCAGAGCAGUACAACAAAGAGGAAGAGUACCUGAAUGGCUCUGGGCUUUAUGAUGGAGACAGACCCACAGUACUUGUUGAAGAAGAAAGAGAGACAGUGAUGUAAGGAGAAGAAACAAAAGGAUGAAAAAGGUUCCUGGAGAGCAUUUAGUGGGCAAAAGAAUAUCAGGCCACACAAUGGAUGCCAAGGGUUUCCAUGCCUUUUCUCUGUUCUGUGGAACGAGAGGUUAAGUUAUAUGGAAAAAAAAAAAAAAGCCACCAACGUGGCCAGUGGUUGAUCACACACAUAUACCCAGUGAUCUCAGUCUCCCCAGUGUUAAUGGAGGCAGGGCUAUCCACAGGCCUUGCUACAUGCUGAACAACAGAGAUACUGAGAGUUUGUGGGGAGGGUUGCACAGCAGCACGCAGUCCUUUCACUUCUUGGAGAACUUGGGCAGUCAAGGAGGAUGGGAAUCUCACCCAGUAAAGCAAGAGUCUUGCGGGGAGCAUACAUUGUCAUCUUCUUGCAAGGGUACAAGCCACCUGGGCAUCAGUGUCUUUGGUUUGGUUUGCUCUGUCCUUUUUGAAUCUGUCUGGUAACACACAUGAGAAUGACCAAGGCCCUUUGGGUACCACAGCUGUCCAUUCUUGCAGCCAAGUUCUUAAUGUGCACAGCUUGGUACAACUUGGGACAUAUUCUUCCCUUGGGCAUUCUCACUCCUUGGCAAACAGCUCCUCUGGGAUGGGCAGGUUUAACAGCUCAUGGUCACUAGAUGAAGGCAAAAAACUAUAUUCUUCUUUCCUUGACUUGAGUACCAUAGCAAGCCAGAAACCAGUGCAAUUUUAAGAUGGGAAAUGCAGUUAACAGAGUGUGUGACAUAUUUAGUGUGACAUUUUCAGUCUUCCAGAUCCAGCAGUAGAGAUGGGCCCACCCUGCCUGCUCCCAGGCAGUUUGAGAUGGGGAGGGUGUUUGCAGAUCUUCAGCUGUGUGUCUGUGUGUGCGUGUGGCUAAAAUCAGCUCAGAAGGUCGCUAUCUCAGCCUCCCUCUUUGUGGAUGCUCAUGGAAACAGACAUCAGUAAUGUUCUUAUAAAGUUACACAUUUCUUCUCAUUCUCCCCUCUAAAUUACUUGUUUCUCACUAAUCCAAACACUCAUGAAGAGAAACACAAGAUGCUGGAUACAGUCAGGCAAGCUUGCUUUCAUGAGGUUCAAGGGCAAAAUCUGCUGGGUGUAAGCACAGAGAUGGCUCGUGGACAGUCACCUUCUGAGCAUCUUCUUUCUUUCUCAUUCUUAGUGGUCAAGACACUCAAAUGAAUCACACAUACAUACAGACACCUGGCCCGCAUCUUCGCUGGUGUGAUUAAGUAUAAUUUCAGCCAAAGUCACUGAUUUUGCCCAGAGACGCUUAGAAGAGGAAAUAUUGGGGUUGCCUGAGAAGGGAAGAGCAGAAGAAAAUUUAGUUUAGAUGUUCAGAAGAAAAUCUUUAAUCAGAGAGUGGAGAUGCACUGGUACAGGCUGCUCAGGCAAGCUGUGGGUGCUCCAUCUCUGGAGGUGCUCAAGGUCAAACUGGAUGGGGCCCUGGGCAGCCUCAGCUGGUGGGGGGCAACCAGUCCAUGGUUGGAACCAGAUUGGCUUUAAGAUCCCUUCCAACCCAACCAUUCUAUGAUUCUAUAAAAUGCCUGAUUCCUACAGGAGAGAGAGACCAGAGUCUUUUGUCACUUGCUGGUGGUUUUUGCAAGGAGAGCCAGAAGGUUGUUUCCUGACACAACUCAUGUCUUCAGCAGUGACAAAGAGAUAUGGCUCUUGUUGGCCAACAGUGUUUUGUCCUUCACACUUCAACCAGGUGAGCAGCUAGGAAAAGGUCUUUUCCAGUUCGGAAGCAUGAUUCAGAAUUUCACAGCAAUGGGAAAUUAGGAAUGGUGACCAAACUUGUCACUUGUCACUCAAAGAGAAGACUCUGGUUGAGCUGGCUUGGAUCCUCUCUUCAGCCCAUCGUAUGUCAGUAUUCCUUUGCUGCAGUCUGAGAGUCAGACCCUCACGGUUGUUUUAUUUCUUCCAGAUAAGUUUCUGGAAGCUGAAGUAUUUUUUACUCCACCUGGCUGUUACUGAAAUGGAGCAGAGAUCAGUCAUUGGAGCAGUUUGCAGAAGUCUUUUAGGAUGCAGGUGGGGCCUGUGGAAUGUCUUACCAUCUAUCCUGAUCCUUUAGGUAUGUCUGCUUUGGCAUAUCAACCAGUGCUUCUGAGAUGCAUCCACUCACUUCACACUGCAAGCUCUGAGUAUGUAUGAAGGACUAAAUCCUCCAAAAUUCUGAAGGAGGUCAGGGUGAGCCUAGAGAUCUUGACUGUGUUUUCUGUGUCUCACAUCUUCAGGCAACUUCUCAAGUUGAAGCCCAGUGUAGUAACAAGCCUCCUUGCCUUGGCAUCUCUGGGCUUUUGAUUUGGACUUGGUAGGGAGCGUGGUGGCUAAGAGUCAAUCCUCUGCAAGGCACUGAAGCACCUCUCAAACAGCUGCAGACCUACAUGAGCCAGUCUUUAAAAGCCAGUAUUUAUUUGUGAUGUUCGGGGUUUUUUUUUUUCCUUAUUUUGUAUCAUCAGAAUAACUCAAAACUCCUCAUAACCAUUUACCACCACACGGCAGCUAUUGAAACAUCGCGUUUGCAAAGCAUCGCUUUUUUUCUUUUCCUCAUGCUCUCUUAUUGUUCUUGUUGCUUCUGUGAGCAAUAAUAAGAAUGCUAACAGUGGUAUUACAGAGGCGUUAAGUAAUCUUGCAAGAGAAGUCAGCUCUAGUGAAAGUUUGGCAUGGAGAGCUCUGCAGAAAUCUGUGUCAGCCCUGCUCUGCUCGCUGCUCGCCUUUUCCUCACAGACAUUGGCACAGCCUCAGGAGGGAAUCAAAGGGGCAGAAGUUCUUACUAGAGUGUGUACAGCUGUUAUUCAGCAUCCCCUGUGGCUGAGCUGCCAAUGAGAGAGAAACACACUGAGUGUGCUGGCUCUGGUUUUCUGCCCUUCCAGAAGUACGUUGUGCUUAAAACGUGCCAAGUAGAUGUAAUGACCUUCCUUUUUUUUUUUCUCACUCAGAGGAAUUACUUGGUAUCAUUUCACUGGUGGGACAAAACAAAAAGGCAUACAAAAUAAAAGCCACCAACAAAACACCAAAAACACUAGUGAUUCACUGUUUAUUUGUGCUUCUUACAGAGGACUCAAGAUUAAUAACAUGUUUGGCAAUUGCUUAACAAAGUUCAGGGGAUUAGCAAAACCCGUAAAAUGAGUUAUAAACAAAUUCAGCACCCCUCAUAAACAGAAAUGCAUUCAUCACUAGAUUGUUGAGAAUAAAUGCUUAGAAACUGGUGUUGAAUGUAGAUAAAAUUUACAUGCAUGAGGAAUGUGCAUGGGAAGAAGUAUUUUCUUGAUCUUUUCAAAUACCGAUCGUACACAGUAGAUUCUUUUUCCUUGGUGUUUGUGUUAAGGAAAAAUAAAGGGAAAAUGCCUAUACCAUAACAGGGGAAUACUUCUGCUUUUAAAGAUAUGGUAGAAUGUAAUGUCAAAGUCUGUUCCUGUCCUUCUUGUGCUGAUUGCAGACAGCACUGUUGGCUGAGCAUACAGGCUAUGCUGUAUUAGCCAGGGAUCCAAGGGCAUUCUCUACUUUCUCUUUGAGAGGAAAAGAUUAGAUCCAUGGUGCUUUAAAACCAAAAUUUGCUGUUGCUGUUUUCAUUUGUCCUGGAAGGGCAGAGAGCCAAAAUGUUUAGAUAUGGAAUAUGGUCACCUUCAAUUUUCUCCAUCACCAGGAGAUGCAGGCACUUGCAAGCACAGGGCUGAGAGCUGUCCCUGUUCUUUACAGGGGAGCUGGACUUAGAUGGCCAGUAAGGGUCCCUUCCAACUCAACUGAUUCUAUGGUUCUAUGAUUCCAUGUCAUUUUAUCCCCGUGCAAAGGUCUGGUCCUCUACAGGGUGACAGUUCCCAUGCUGUCUGAUUUACACAUGGGCAGAGAGACAUCCUCAAGCUCACUUCUAGCAGAGGCAAAGGCUUGACGAACCUGCUUGCCUCUAUUUCACCACCUUUCUUUCCUCCAUGGUGUCAGCUUUAUGUCCUUUUCUUCCCAUCCUGUAAACCAGCUGACAGUAUGCAGGACGGGUUGCCACUGAGAUGCUGGACUUGGUCAGGAAUCUCUCUCUCUGGCAGGUUCAUCUUGUGGUACCCAGCCCUGCACCUCAUCUAUCCCACCCAUAGCAGCUCAGUCUGCUAACAAUCCUAAUAAUUCUACUUGAUCUACCUCCUUUCUGAAUAGACAUAGAAAUGUUAACAUUUCUUGGACUCGUAUUUCUUAAGGAUGACUUUUGGCAGCUCCUCAUCAUUACUGCUUCGGCUGCAUUUGUGCAGACCAUUGUUCUUACACCUUCUAUGAACUGCUUUGUCUUAGUUCAGAUGAGAUCAUGUCUUGUCCCCUUCCUCACCAUUCCUCAGCUCUGCUGCAUCUUGUCUGAUGCAUAUUAGAGCCAAAUCAGUUGACAAAGUUCUCCCAAAAAUUGAACUGCUCAGCCAGGGACUGGCUUGCUUUAUUUGUUUAUGGGCAAUUGGCUGAAAGCUGCAGAACAUCCAUGGAGCUGGUAAGAAUUUUUUUUUGUUUUUUAAAGACUGAAAAUACACUAAGCACGAAGAUCUCCAGUUUUCAUUCCUUUUAUUGUUUGGAUGGAUUCAAUGGCUGUCUUAAAAGUUUUUAGACUUCUGAGUUCAGUCUUUCAAAAAGUUAAGGCACCUCAGUGUGUUUGGUUUUCUUGUUUUUCCACGGGCUAAUUUUUUCUGCAUAACUUCCACCUAGAAUUCAUUGGCAGCUGCAAGUGGGAUUACUGAUAACAAGGACGUUCUCAGUUCAUCUGUAUCUCUCACUCUCUUCAGAGUUUCUUUUUCUUGAGAUAGGACUGCAUGAAAUAAGAGAAAGCACUUUAAGAGUUGACCUUCAAUGGAGAGGUUGUAUGAACCUGUGAAGUCCUUUCAUAUGCAAUGUUGCUUCUUAUUCAACUGUGCCUUUUUCCACCUAUUGUUGCCCAUGAGUUUGCCAAAGCCCAUCUGUGCCUUCUCAUAGAAAGUUAUGCAGCAGUAUCAUGGUUCACAUCCUCUCUCCUGGGCUUUAUCUGAACUUUGUGACAUUUUGGCUGUAAGAGGAAGCAAAAGGAAAAUGAUCUGGGGCAGCAUUUUACAGCCUUUGGGGUUAAGGGUUUGGUGUGUGCCUCCUCAGCCCUGUAGCCUUUGUCACAAAUGGGCAUUGCUCUGGUGGCUGCAAAUUGUAAAUCAUUCAGCAUGUAAGGAAGAUUUAUUUUAAGGCCACGGGCAGAUUAAGGAAGGUCUUCACCGUGCCACUUUCCCACUAAGAACACUUGCUGGGGGAGAAAUCAUGUUGCACUCUCAGGCAAGUCUAGGGAAAUUGAUGUAUUUAUUUAUUUUUAAUAUAAUGGAACAGGUUUGAUUUUUUUUCUUAUUGUUAUUUUUACUUCUACUGCUGACGGGUUGCCACAUUCUGCAGCAUAAAUAUAUGGACAUAUAUGAUAUUUCUGGCAAGCUACGGAGGUGUUCAGGCAUCCAGUGUGACUCUCCAGACAGAGUAGAUUUUAUAUCCCAUUCCUCUAGAGUAUCUUGAAAUGAGAAAAAAUAUUAAACUGUAAAGGAAAUGGGUUUGCGAAAGACCCUAUAAAUACAUUUCCAUCAUGAACAGCCAGGGUUGUCUAAAUUUGCCUCGAAACAUAAAGUUUCAUAAAUGGUGUGAGUAAAAUAAGAGGGAUGUCCAUCUCUGUGGAUGUCCAUUGGAAGGCAGCUCUCCUAUUUUUGCCUACAGAGGAGAAAGGUUGAGCCUAUUGGACAGCAAAUACUGUUGGCCCAGAGGAACGUAUUGUUUUGAGGCAGCAGUUCCAUUUGUAUAACGGUUAUUGGGCUCACCCUGUUCCACUCAAACUAUUUUUAUGGCCUCUCACAGAAUCAAAACUUAAGCUUAGGUCAUAUCUAAUGGUGGCAGAGCAGAAGAAAGUAGAGAUGGGUUGUUGCAAAGACACAUGAUUAAUUAAAGGAGACUGAAAUAUUGGAGGUUUUUCCAAUAAUGACGUGUUGCCUGGAAAGUCUGAGCCAGAAAUCUGGUCUCCCUGGUGUUUUCUCAUGCUCUUUGGGGUGCAUGGAGGUGCAUGGACACACAGCUGAGAACCCACCCGUGUCCAGCUUCUGGUCAUGUAAAAGCUCACUGAAUGAAAAACAGUGACCUUGCCCUGAAAGUCUUACCAGAAGUGUUGUUAAUGAGCUUCAUUUAGUGGUUAGCCCAGAGUUUAUUUGGUGUCUGUAUAUGAAGGCUGAUAGUAAGCAGAGGAUCUCCAAAUCCUAGUAUACUUUUUGUUCAGUGCUCGUAAAUAUCUUCACUGACUGCUCCUUGAUUUGUAAGUGCUUCUUAGAGCAGAGAUCUACUGAAAGUCCAACAGUUGAAUCUGAGGCUGAGACUUGGUCUUUUGUCAGUGCUAGCAGUCCCCCACCUCACCUGUAGCAUUAGGUGGUGGUGCUCCAGAGCAACAGGGGAAAUAGAACCAGCAGCUUCCUUGUAUCUUUGACACAGCUUCUUCCUAGUGGGUAGAAAAGCCCAAAAGGACCUUUGCUGAUGAUCUCUGCUGAGUGGACACCUCUUCUCUUCUACCCUCAGGUCUUGGUUUAUUGGGCAUGGUGGGGAUGGGCUGGUGGUUGGACUAGGUGAUCUUAGAGGUCUUUUCCAACCUUAAUGAUCCCAUGAUUCUAUGAUUCUAAAUUCAGGUUGGCUGGAGUUUUUCUCUACAUUUACUUUCCUUUCUUUCCAACCUGGCUCUAGAAAAAGAAACCCCUAAAACUUAUUUAAAGAACUCCUUGUAAGCAUUUCUUUUUUUCCAUUUUUCCUGGAUGCAGAUCCAGGCUUUUUAAUGGCUCGAAGCCAAUCUCAACUCUCAGAAUCAAAACCAAUCUGAAACAUCGGGAUGGGAACAUAAUUUGCUCAGAUCAGUUGUACCACACCCUCAUGCAGGGAGCAUUGGCACCCUGACAGAGCUGAAACAUUGGUGUGACAACAUAGUCUUUUAUUUUUGGUGCAUUUUUAAGACAAGAGAACCAAGAGCAAGAACUAGACUAGCUUCCUUUUAAGUUUAAGAAUGAUUAUAAACAAGAAAAAAAGUAAUAAUAAGUCAUUCUUUAUUUAUCUCAUCAUAUUCUGUUGAAUGCUCUGAUGGUUACCAUGGAGUGUCUGGUGUUCUGGCUUCUCCUUGGCAGGAGGAGUCCUCUGUGGUGGAGAGAACAGAUAAAAUGAGUGGACAGAGUAAUGUGAAGCCAAUCCCUAGGGCAGGACAGUCAGGAACAGAUCUGAUGUUGAUUUUAUAUUCACUGGCAGAAGGCAGGAGCUGCUCCUCUGAAGUUAAUUGAGUUAACUCAGUCGCAAGCCAAGGCAAAACAGAUCUGAAUCUGGACCACAGUUCAGAACUCAUUUACAGUUUGCAUAAUGGAAUUAAAAUAAAGCUUCCAACUCUAACUACAGAAGUAGUCUGCUGAGAAUUGGACACCCAGCUUGCUGUUUGGGAUUAAAUGACACCCAAGACAUCAGCCAUCACAUGAAAUGUUUUAUCUGUGCCUGCCCAGAUUACUCUGUUCUCCCCACUGUGAUCCCUUAGCCAUACUCAGCUGUUUCAGCUGGUAGGGAUUUUCCUUAGCCCCUUCUUUUUUCUUUUUCUUUUUUUUUUUCCUAUCUUACUUCUAGUUUUCAUGCCAGCUUUCAGGUUUCAGCUAGUCCCACAGUUUCAAAGUUCAAGAUAAUGUCACCAUGUUGCCAGGAUUUGAGAGGCAAGUGGGAAAAAGAAUGUGAGAAGCUAAUGGAAGUUACAGGGGAGCAUUAAAAGGACUAUCAAGUAAGGUUCAGUGAAAUCUUUCCCACAGACCAGGGAAAGGUUUGCUGACCUCGGCAUAGAAUUUCAGCCUCCAACUGAACUCGAUCAUGUUUUGCUCAUUGAAGGUCUUGAGCUGUUCAGUAUGACCUGCAAAUCUCACCCACCGUAUUUCCAUUGUCAAGGGGCUUGGGUUUAGAUCUGACAUUGUUGUUAAAUAUUCCUGUUUAUGAUUAUUGUAAUGUUAAUGCUCUGGUCUGCUCAUUUUUGUGGUUUUUGUGUCCUUCUCUAGAUUGGUCCAUUAGUGUUGCUUUGGGGGCGCUUGCAGAACUGUUUCUUGAGUUGCCUUUGCAUCUCUGGUGUGUACCCAACCAGGACUGUCAGCAGGUUGAAUGCAUCAGUACUGAUGGGCAGCAGUGUUGCUUUGAAAGGGAACCAAAGGCAGUAUUUGCAAGAGCACAACAAAUUUUGUCACAAUUUGGAACGGAUUUGCAAGACUCCAGAGAGGCAGGGCUGGGCUGGAUAUCACCUCAGUCUGACACUGCACAGGGGCCAGGAACAAAAGAAAAAGGGAAGGAAGAGCUGAACCAGAUGAGCAUCAGUAAUUAAGGAGUCCUAUAAGUUUGUCUUCUUUUCAGGCAGGCUCCCCUAUCCAGCACAGAUUGAACAGAGCUGGACACUGUUGCAUGAUUGCACUCCCUCCUAAGCAGAAAAUGUUAAGAGCAAAUGGGGGAUUCAACAAAUCCUGUGCAAAUUUCUCUUCCUGAUUCUCACUGGCUCUUUUUCUUUCCUUUUUUCUUUGGGGAAAAAAAAAAAAACAAAAACAUUAGGGUAAUCUUAGUACAAGAACCUGGUUGUCAAACCCAUUUCUCCAGGGUCCCGCAGAGAAGCUUCUCUCUUUGACCUUAGGAAUUGGGAUUUUUUUUUUUUUUUUUUUU